AUGAAACGUCGUAAAUCGUAUACAGCAGCUUUCAAGCUAGACGCCGUCAAUUAUCGUGAUUUGCAUGGAACCUUGGCAGCGGCUAGUCAUUUUGAAGUCACUGAAGCAAUGAUAAGAAAGUGGGUUGUUGAUCGACAAAAUCUUCAAGAGAUGCCAGCAACGAAGAGAGCCCGACGAUACAAAAAACCGAAGAAGUUGAAGAUGCCAUCUACAACUGGAUUGUCAAAAAACGAGAAGAAAAUAGAGCUGUCACGGUGA